GUAACUACUAAUCUAGCGUGCCGGUACCCGGUGGUGGUCAUACUUUUCCCAUUGAAAAAGGUUCUGGUUGCGGGAGUAGAAUAGGGUUUGCACUCUGCGUCCUUGUAACGCUCUGCAGAACAGCCAGCGAGAGAGAGGUUCAGAUCCGACGCUACCCGAUCAGCAGAUCUAUGAUCUGAUUGGAUAUGCCCGGAGAUUUGGUGUUGAAUGUUUCCGUAAGACUAGUAGCCUAGACAGAGAUCCACCACUGAUUCAAACAGAUCUGCUGUCUUCUCUUUCAAUUUCAAUGGCUUUAUCGAAAUGGAGGUUGCCCUCCGUAUGCUUGGCUUUCCUCUAUGUGGUUCUUCUCUUUUCGCAUGCUUGCAAUGGGUUUUAUCUUCCGGGAAGCUACAUGCACACUUAUUCUACAGGGGAAACUAUAUUUGCCAAAGUUAACUCCUUGACUUCCAUAGAAACCGAGCUUCCCUUCAGCUACUACAGUCUCCCUUACUGCAAGCCUGAUGGCGGUGUCAAGAAAAGUGCCGAGAAUCUUGGAGAACUCCUCAUGGGAGAUCAGAUUGACAACUCACCUUACCGUUUCCGAAUGAAUGUUAAUGAGACUGUCUUCCUCUGUACUACCAGCCCAUUGAAUGAGCAUCAGGUCAAGCUCUUGAAACAGAGAACCCGCGAUAUGUAUCAAGUGAACAUGAUUCUGGAUAACUUGCCUGCCAUGAGGUUCGUCAAGCAAAAUGGAAUUAACUUCCAGUGGACUGGGUUUCCUGUUGGGUAUACACCAACAAAUGGUAAUGAAGAUUACAUAAUUAAUCAUCUCAAGUUCAGGGUCUUGGUUCAUGAGUAUGAAGGGAGGGGUGUGGAGAUCCUAGGGACCGGGGAAGAAGGUAUGGGUGUUAUUUCUACUGAUGCUGAUAAGAAGAAGGCAUCCGGAUUCGAGAUAGUUGGUUUUGAAGUUAUCCCCUGCACCGUGAAGUAUGAUCCUGAAGUCAUGAAGAAAUUUGACAUGUACGCCAAUAUCUCAUCUGUAGAAUGCCCCAUGGACCUUGACAAGUCUCAAAUAAUACGGGAGAAAGAGAGAGUAUCCUUCACUUAUGAGGUUGAAUUCGUGAAAAGCAAUAUACAAUGGCCAUCAAGAUGGGAUGCUUAUUUGAAGAUGGCGGGUGCCCGAGUCCACUGGUUCUCUAUUCUAAAUUCACUGAUGGUAAUUUUUUUCCUAGCCGGUAUAGUUUUUGUUAUAUUCUUAAGGACUGUGAGGAGGGACUUAACGAGGUAUGAGGAAUUGGACAAAGAAUCUCAAGCUCAGAUGAAUGAGGAGCUUUCUGGGUGGAAGCUUGUUGUGGGUGACGUGUUCAGAGAACCAAAUUGUUCCAAGCUACUUUGCGUGAUGGUCGGUGAUGGAGUUCAGAUUACAGGGAUGGCAAUUGUCACUAUCAUUUUUGCAGCCCUUGGUUUCAUGUCACCAGCUUCACGAGGAAUGCUGCUGACAGGAAUGAUUGUUCUUUAUCUUUUCCUGGGAAUUGCUGCUGGGUAUGUUGGUGUACGUCUCUGGAGAACCAUAAAAGGAACUUCAGAAGGUUGGAGGUCUGUUUCCUGGUCAGUUGCCUGCUUCUUUUCUGGAAUUGUCUUUAUUAUUCUUACUGUGCUGAAUUUCAUUCUCUGGAGCAGCAAUAGUACUGGUGCUAUUCCCAUAUCCUUGUACUUUUUACUCUUGUUCCUCUGGUUCUGCGUUUCGGUGCCACUCACCCUCCUUGGAGGAUUCUUAGGGACACGAGCUGAGGCAAUUCAGUACCCUGUGCGAACCAACCAGAUCCCAAGGGAAAUUCCUGCACGCAAAUAUCCAUCAUGGCUUCUUGUUCUCGGUGCAGGGACGCUUCCCUUUGGAACCCUCUUCAUUGAGCUUUUCUUUAUCUUUUCUAGCAUCUGGCAGGGGAGGUUCUAUUAUGUCUUUGGGUUCCUGCUGAUUGUUCUUUCGUUGCUAGUUAUUGUUUGUGCUGAAGUGUCAGUGGUCCUCACCUACAUGCAUCUGUGUGUGGAGGAUUGGCGAUGGUGGUGGAAAGCUUUCUUUGCUUCAGGUUCAGUUGCUCUUUAUGUGUUCCUAUAUUCAAUCAAUUACUUGGUUUUUGACCUGCAAAGUUUGAGUGGGCCGGUGUCAGCUAUACUAUAUCUCGGGUAUUCACUCAUCAUGGCAGUUGCAAUCAUGUUGUCGACUGGCACCAUUGGCUUCCUUAUGUCUUUCUACUUUGUUCAUUACCUAUUCUCAUCCGUAAAGAUUGAUUGAAGGUUAUCGCCAGUAUAUUCUUCUUCAAUCAUUUGGAGAAGACUCCAGUAUGUAGGAAGAGGAAAUUUUCUUGGUUAAAGUUUUUAGCUUUACCUGUCUGAGGCUGAUUGUUUACAGCACAUAUUAAGAGGCUCUCAGAUGAUUGCUGAUGCUACCAAAGCCUGUUAUAUUUUCCGUGCAUCUCCAGUUUAGAGGACUUCAUAAUCUUAUUUUGCUCUCUUUCCCUACAUGAUCUGCAGCACACAAUCCCCUACCCCCCCCCCCCCCCCCCCCCCACACGUCUUUUUGUGCCCCACUUUGUUUUUUACACUUGCUAGUUUUGAGGUUCAUUUGCAUUAUGUGUUUCAGUUUAAUCAAAUUGUUCGGAAAAGUUGUAAUUGUUUAGACUUUCUAUCCUUGUAUUAUCUUUCCUGUUAUAACUGAAUAGAAAGAUUGUUACAA